CCCUCAGCCGGGCAGAGCCACUCUAGCCCAUCACACGGGCAGAGUCCGGAGCCCUCAGCCGGGCAGAGCCGUCCCCGCCCCCGCCCAGAGAACCGCCCGCCCGGCUGUGAGGAUGGGCCGCCCUUUCCGCCGCGCCUUUCCGGUGAUGGCGGCGGGCGGCAGCGACCCGCGGGCGGCAGAUGUGGAGGAGGACGCCUCGCAGCUUGUCUUCCCCAAAGAAUUUGAAACUGCGGAAACUCUCCUGAACUCUGAGGUGCACAUGCUGCUCGAGCAUCGCAAGCAGCAGAACGAGAGCGCGGAGGAUGAGCAGGAGCUGUCAGAAGUCUUCAUGAAAACCUUGAACUACACAGCACGCUUCAGCCGCUUCAAAAAUCGUGAAACCAUUGCCAGCGUGCGCAGCUUACUCCUCCAGAAGAAGCUCCAUAAGUUUGAAUUGGCAUGUUUGGCUAACUUGUGUCCUGAGACAGCUGAGGAAGCAAAAGCUCUGAUUCCUAGCCUGGAGGGCCGGUUUGAAGAUGAAGAAUUACAACAGAUUCUCGAUGACAUUCAAACUAAGCGCAGCUUCCAGUAUUAAGGUUAACCCUCAGCUCCUUUAUCUGAGCAGAAAAACCUGAGGAUUUGGGCUGUUUCUCUCUCUGGAUCAGUCCAGCUCCUGGCUGAGCGAGGGUAGUUGUGGAUGCAGGGUACUCCAGUGAUGUAUUACCACAGGUGCAUUCAGACUGGAGAUCAGCAUUGUCCUUUUGGUUUGUCCCAUGUGUAUGUUGGCCGGCCCUGUAUUGUGAGAGAAAAGAACCUGAAAGGCCUUUUCCCAGUGGCUCAAGUAUUUGUUUCUUCCCUAACCCCUCUCCCCAGUUUGUAAAUGUUCAACGUUUUUGGAUUAUAUAGAUGUUAUGAAAUAUAGAUGUUAUUUUGUGUUUUUCAGGAUGUUCUAAAGGAUGUGGAAACUUGUUCUUGGUUCUCAAAAGGUUCAGUGAUGGGCAGCAUCAAUUUCUGUGGUGUUUUUUGUUUGAUUGUAUUAUUGUUUGAUUGGAACAGUGAAUUUUUACAGCUGCAAUAUUUUUCUAUUAUUGUUUAGUGUAAAUUAAAAGAUAUAAAGUUGUGUAUUUUAUAAACAUUAGGUAUG